AGGUUAUUCGAACAAUUCUGCAACAAAAUAAAAUAAAAACAUGGGCCUGAAUUGUGGGACCUUUCUCCGGCGUUUCCUUUACGUUCUCUUGAUUCAAUCCGUGUUGUUUUGCAACGCCGAGGAGCCGUGCAACUCUUCUGAUGAAAAAUAUUGCAAAACUAUUCACAAAUUUAUGACAUCCGGAAUCAUACCUGAUGUUCUGGAAACUACUCCUCCUCGUCCAUUGAACGUUCAAUACGAAGGUGGGGUUCAAGCCACGUUUGGAAACGAGCUGAAGCCUUCGGAAACCGCCAAAGAACCGAAACUUUCGGCAUCAGAGUUGAAUCCCGAGAAGCUGUACACCUUGAUCAUGGUUGAUCCCGAUGCACCAAGUCGUGCUAAUCCGUUGUUCAGAAGCUGGCUUCACUGGCUUGUCAUCAACAUUCCUGGACAACAAAUCAGCAAGGGACAAGUCAUCUUUCCUUAUGCAGGACCUGCGCCUCCGAAGGGUACUGGUCAGCAUCGAUAUUAUGAACUUAUGUUUGAGCAACAAAAACACGUCGACCUGCAGACUGCGAUCAACUCGCGAUCGUCGUUCAACACCCGCGCAUUUAUUAAAGCGCACGGACUUGGCAAUGUCUUCGCAGGAAACUUCUUUUUGGCUCAAAACGAAGGCUAAUCUUUCUGAGGUGGACGACUGCAUCACUUAAUAUUUGACGAAAACGCGAAUUCCGAUUCUGAAUUUCUUUGGAUAGUCGGUCAUGUAUAAGAGGAAUAGCAUUUCCAUAUUUUUCUCAUGUUUUCUUCGACUCGUCUUCUUUGUUGGAAAAUAAUCAAGCAGCUUCUUUACCAAACUGUAUACCUGG